ACGAGGUACCGGUAGCAGAAGACUUCAAAUAGGAUUUCGGUAUCAUUUGGACUUGUCUCCUGAGCAGCUGAGGUCAACUGCACAUUUCAAAAUGGCAGAAGGAAGUGAGCAGAAAUCACUGCAAAUUUUCACUGUUGAUGCUUUUGCAAGCGCUCCUUUCACGGGAAAUUCUGCUGCUGUGUGUCCCAUUUCAAGCGCCAAAGAGGACAUCCCAGAUGACAUGAAGUUCAGAAUCGCCAUGGAAAUGAAUCUCUCUGAGACUGCAUAUGUUCAUCCGGCAAAGACAGGAGAGACAUUCCAGGAUGCUUCUGAGUUCAACCUGCGCUGGUUCACUACCAACGAGGUCAACUUAUGCGGACAUGCUACCAUGGCAACAGCUACUGUCAUCUUUAGAGCAUUAGGAAACCAGGGAAGUGAGCUGAAGUUCAAUACUCUGAGCGGGCAGUUGGUAGCCAAGAGAGACGGACAGCUUAUAACACUUGACCUCCCACUUAACCCAUGCGGUCCUCAGGUUCCACAAGGUCUUGAUGGAUUAAUACAGGCUCUUGGCGGCAUCAAACCAGUCGAUCUUCAGCAUGCUCCUGGCGCUAAUGUAGAACUUAUAAUGAGGCUACCAGAUGAGGGUGGAAGGUUUAACCCUAACAUUGGCAAGUUCAUGAGUCAUCACAACAACGGGGAGGUCAAAGGGGUCAUCGUCACGGUGAAGGCGAAUGGAGAGGUCAACGAGGAUGGGACACCAUAUGACUUCUUCUCACGCUACUUUGCCCCAUGGAAUGGAAUCCCAGAAGAUCCUGUUACUGGUGCAGCACACACUGUUCUAUCAGACUACUGGUCGAGGAUCCUUGGCAAACAAGAACUAUUUGCUCGCCAGUGUUCCAAGCGGGGUGAUGUGAGAAUCCGACUUCUAGGGAAUAACAGAGUUGAGGUUGCUGGUAAAGCAGCACUUGUCAUCCAAGGCAAGAUAAACAUCUAAAGAGGGCAGCAGACUGGUAGAACCAUAGCAAGCAGAGAGAGGUAGUUGGGACACGCACAUGCAUCCACAGGUCAACUUAUGGAGCUCUAAAUAGUUCCCUCAUGUAAUCUUUGCUGGAUGACUGACGAGUCAAAGGCAACUUCUGCUGUCACGACUAUCUGUUUAUCCACUAUUCAUGAGUAGAGCCAUAGCUAGUAGAGGAGAGAUAGUUGGGACACGCUCAUGUGUAUAGACCUAAAGUUCCAUUCAUGUAGUCUCUCUACAUUAGGCUCUCUCCCCCCACACAAAAUCUAUUAGAGGGAACUAAUUCAGUGCUCCAUGAAAUUUGGAGUAUAAUAAGCACACAUAAACAUGUCACAUCUCUCUCUCUCUCUUUACUAUGACUUUUAGAAGAGCUUUCUUUUAGUGUAGCUAGCCACGCCCAUGAGGGCAGCAGAUAGGCAGAAAGCUCCAAUUUGUAGCUCUCAAGAUUGAAUGUGAAGACUCCGGUAUUGAGUUUGAUUCCAAAAUAUGAUUGAUGAAGACAGCAUCGGAUUGGGAAUGAAUGGAGUUAUAUACAUGCAGACCAUUUAAGAUCUGCAAUGGGGCAAUCAAACUGAGAAAUAUGAAACAUUUUCAUUUGAAGCAGUACUCACAAUCAAAGCGUGUAAAAUGAUAUCUGUUGGAGGAGGGGGGAAUGGGGGGUGGCCUUACUAUUGAAAAUGCCUGGUUGAAUUGACCAAUUUUUUGUUGCUGUUCAGUGAGAAAUCAAUGUGAUAUGUUUGUGUCAUUAGCUAACCUUCAGAUUAAUUUUUAAAGUUGUAUUGGCAGAUUUAUAAAAAUGUAUGACCAUCGUAAUCUCUUUAGAAAUCUAUGACAAUUACCUGACAAGAUGGAUUCCAUUAUAGUAAAGGCAAAUGCAGGGUUGCUCACGUUUUAUAGAGUAUCAAAGUGCCUACCUCUUGGGUAUGUUAUAUUGUGUACUAUAUUACUUAAUACUAAAAUCUAUUUUACUGUUGAAGUUGCACAUAUCAACUGAAAUAAUGUUUAUUUUUCUAAAUUUUAGUGUCAGUGCCAGUUUAUUUAACACUAAUUUUAAUGUUAUCAUGUAUUGCUGUUUCUCUUUAAAAAAAUAAUCAGUACAACAUUCUUGUGUGUAAAUUCUUGUUGUCAUUGUAACAUCAUUAUGGAGUUGAAGAUUAUAAAACUGAAUAUGAUAAC